CUGAAAAUUAUUGUCUGACAUUUCAGCGCCAAUAAAACCCGCUUUUUAAGAACAUUUCCUGAAGCCCUGACUUUGCUUCACAUGCAACCGAAAAUUCUAUGCAAAGCACCUGUAAGUCAAUAGUUUUUGCACCUUGUAAACGCGUAGAUAUAGCCACGCAACAGCGCACUUAUUACAGCUAACCGUGGAGUCGUACGCUCUGAAUGCUAAUUUCCUGGGCUCCCUCCGUCACGUUCGCUUUGUCGAUUUGCUAUAAAAAUAAAUCGAAUACGACGGCCGGGCAUCAAACACAUUUUCCCUCCUCAAGAAGCCACAAACUCAUACCUGAACCAAACCAAUAUGUUCAAAUACGUAAUUGUCAUUUGCGCUCUCAUCGCCUGCGUUGCCGGCAAGCCAGGUCAUCUUCUGUCCGCCCAACUGUUAGCUGCACCCGCACCACUGUUAGCUGCACCUGCUCCAGUGGUGACCGCAACCAGCAGCCAGUUGAUAGCCAGAAACUUCAAUGGCAUUGCUGCGGCGCCCGUAAUUGCCUCUGUGCCGGUGGCAGCUCCAGUUCCGGUUGUCAAGGCCGUGGCACCAGUUGCCACUCGCAUAAUCUCGCCCUUUGCGGCUCCUCUGAUUGCCAAAUAUGCUGCUGCUGCUCCAUUGCACUACACAACGCCCUUGGGCUACGCCACUGCACCUCAACCAAUCUAUUUUUAAGGCUGUU